GGUCAGUUACCUGAGAAACAUAGCUGGUAGCAGGACGAUCGGUGUUGUCGAUUGUUAACCUUAAGAAUUCUCUGUGACGGUGGUCCACAGCAACAAGACACGGAGAAGUAAAGGUGGCGCGAAAAAAUGCAUUGAUGAUGUCCAUCACUUAAAAAGUUUCGAAUUUUGCGGCUUUUCCGGCACUCGAUUAUCAAAAUGCGUGAGCAAAUUAAAUACGAUGCAAUAUUUGCUGUUGAUUCUGUGUAUCAUGCACAUGAUUGUGACUUCGAAAACAACCGAUGAAGGACGAGUAAAAGGAUUAGUACGAGAUUGGGCGCCUCUAGUAUGGCUCGCACCUGGCGAACUCUUUUUACCCCUUGGGGUACCAGAAUUUCUUGACAAUAUGCAAUCCGACGAUGAUUAUCUUCAUACCAAAAUUGACGUAGAAAUAUUAUUGAGAAAUCGAUCGUCUUUUCUAUAUGGCCGAAAACCAACAGGCACGGUACCGAUUUAUGCUGUGAUCAAGAAUUGUGCUAUUCCAGAUAUUUCUACAGAUGUGAUAAAGAUCAGAAAUGAAAGAAAUUUUCCAAAAAAGAGGGACGAAACAUUGAUAUCAUCGAAAAAUAUGCUGCAGAUCGACGAUUUUGGCUCGACUAUGAUCUUUACCAACGAUCUUACACAAAAGAUUUGGAAGACUGAUGUUAAACAAAGUCUAGAGAAACAUGGUGAUUUUGAAAAAAAAAAGAAAAAAGGAAACAGGUCCCAGAAGCUGCACUUUCACGUGACCUAUUGGAUGUUCUAUCCGUUCAGCGAGGGAAAGGCGGUCUGUGUUCUGGAUCUUGGAUUUUUUGGUAGCUGGCCGAUACCCACCGUGGGCGGGAUAUGCCUUGGAAUUUUUAAAGAAUAUGGUAACCACGUGGGCGAUUGGGAACACAUGAGUCUUUAUUUCAAGGAUACAAAUCAUCCAUCAACUAUGUAUGUGUCCGCGCAUGACGCAGGCGCGUUCUAUCGAUAUGAUUUACGAAGCGGUACAUUUGUUUAUGAGAGCCAAGAGACGCGGAAAGGAAUAUUUCAAAAACCUAUAUUUCCUGAAAAAGUUUUCACUGCCGACGGCUCUCAUCCCAUAUUAUUUAGCGCGCGAGGAUCGCAUGGACUUUGGACUGCGCCAGGGAAACACAAAUUCGUUAGAUUACCUCGUCUUUAUGACGAAAGUGGUUUUGGAAUCGCUUGGCCUACAUGGAAAAAAAUGGAAUUGCUUUUGAAAGAAGAGAACACUAUCUUACCCAGCUGGAUGACUUUUAGAGGCAAGUGGGGUAAUCCUAAAAGUAAUUGUCAUCCUUUAGCCAGAUUUGGUUUCAACAUUUGCGAAUUCGUUGAUGGUCCUACUGGCAUUCCUAUGAAACAAUCAAGUUUUCGAUGCUAACGAUAUUUCUUUAAUAAUUUUUUAACAUGUUCGCUGCUAU